AUGUCAAUGCUACUAUUUGUGAUUUUAAGUAUUCUUUUUACAUCAUCGCAAGCAAUAGACGCUUGCAAGAAUCAUCGAGUUGUGAGCAGUAUGGAAUCUUAUAUUCCUUCACCGCGAUGCAAUAGGGGGUCAGAAAAGGAUUGGUACCGGUUUGUAGUUCAGAAUACAAGCUCCAUGAUUGCAACAUGUUCUGAUUUCAGAAGAAGGUAUAAACGUUUCUUAUUAGCUCCAACAAUUGCGAUGAAAGGCCACCUUCCAAAGGCAUCGGACGGUAUUGUCAACAGAACCACUUGUUCAGGCCAAUUUGACUGUCUAUGCUAUGAGACUACAAAUAUACAAGUUAAGCGUUGUAACAACUUCUUUGUUUAUCGUCUACCUACUUCUUCUUCUAAACCUUGUGGUAUCGGGGCCUAUUUACUGAAGCAAGCAGACAAAUGUUCAUCCAAUCCUUGCCGAAAUGGCAAAUGUAUUUCUGGUCCCACUGGAUACGCCUGUCAAUGUAAAGCAGGAUACUAUGGAAGAAAUUGUGAAUCAACUAAAUGUCCUCGUAACUUUUGUUUCAAUGGUGGCAAGUGUGUAACUUCAAGAUCUGGCUACCACUGUCGGUGUUCUACAGGAUAUAUAGGAAAAAACUGUGAAAUCGAAGUAAAGCUAUUGCAAAUAAGGUAA